AUGCCAGCCCCCAUCAAGACCUGUGUGCUCGGAGUCGGACUCGCGGGACUGACGUUCCAUGCGCCUUUCAUCCUUGCACUGCCGGAGCAUUUUGACCUCGUUGCAGUGCUGGAGCGGAACCCUGCUUCUGACGGGGGCAAAUUGAAGGAGCGGUUUGGGAUCACCAAGAAAAUCCACAAUACUCUCGAGCAAGUUCUUGCGGACCCCGAGAUUGAGCUCGUUGUAAUUGGAACUCCCAACGCAACCCAUUAUCCGUAUGCCAAGGCUGCGCUGGAAGCUGGCAAGCACGUGCUCGUCGACAAGCCUGUCUCCGAACCGCCGAUUCGACUCGGACUUUUGUCUCUCAAGAAACUGCUGUCCCUGCCCCCUUCAUCGCCCCAGUCGAUCGGCGAUGUUGUUGAGUUCGAGACGCACUUUGAUCGUUUCCGCCGGGGGAUCAAGAAUACAUGGAAGGACGAGCCUGCGCCAGGUUCAGGCCACACCUUUGAUCUGGGCACGCAUCUCAUGGAUCAGGUCCUCUCGCUCUUCGGCCGACCCGACAAGAUCACCGCGUUCAUCCAGAACAGCCGGGGAGUAGGACACCCGGAUGUAGAUGACAGCUUCACCAUCUUCCUCCACUACGCGGCGUCUGCGACUCUGCCCCGGCCGGUGACUGCGAUUGCGCGUGCUCAGCUGCUGUCUGUACGCUCGGCGCAGCCCCGGUACUCGAUCCUCGGGACCAAGGGAUCGUACAUCAAGUUCGGCGUCGACCCGCAGGAGGACCAGCUCAAGGUCAUCGCCUCGCCCAAGGACAUCCACGCGAAAGAGUACGGCGUCGAAGAUGAGCGCAUCUGGGGCACGCUCGAGAAUGUCGCGGCAGACGAUGUGACUAUGACCAAGACCACGUGGCCUUCCGAGCCAGGAUGUUACGCGGAUCUGUUCAGAAACCUCGCUGCUGUGAUCAGAGAGGGCGCCGAGCAAGCAGUCAAAUGGGAGGAGUCUGCGUCCGUCAUUGAGAUGGUCGAGCUGGCCAAGAAGAGCUCCAAGGAAGGGGUCACGGUCGUGGUGCCCAAGUAGAAGAGUAAUGGAUCCAUUAUGUACAACUUGA